UGUGGUGGAUGUGUGGAAGCAAAGGAGGAGGAGGAGGAGGAGAAGGCGGCGAAGGAGAAGGGGGCGCCCGUCCGCUGCCCCAGCGAGCGAGGGGGUUGGAAGAAAAAAAAAAAAAAAACGCAAAGAGAAAGAAGCUCGGCGAUCAUGAGCCAGCGAAGCCAGCGCUAAGCGGGGUCCGCGGCCGGAGGAUCGGAAGCACUUUUUAUCUUCCAAGCGCGGAUGGAACGUUGAAGAGGCCACAGCAGAAGCUCCUGGCGGGGGGCAAAAACACCCGAUCGAACGUUGGGACAAACAUUCGAUCGAACGUCGGCGCGGCCGAACUCGCAGCCCGAGGGGCGCAGACAGACUGAACCUUCGGGGGAGCGCCUUUCUCCCCCCCCCGCCCGUCCUCUCUUAAUUUAUUUUCCCACUCUCGCUUUUUCCCCCCCCUCUUCUCCUUUUUUUUUUCUUUUUCUUCUUUCCUUUUUCUUUUCUUUUUUAAAAAAAGCCUCCCUCCCUCGUUUUGACUACAUUUCCGUUUGCUUGGACAUUGUUAAAGCUGCCUCCACCGUCUCCAGUCGCCUCCGGGAGAACAAUAGGAAGGCAGGAGGGGCGACCGGGGCGCCCACCCCGGCUGCGCCCCGGGAAUCUUCAGCCAUACUUGUGGAUGUAACCCUCCCCCCACCACAAAGCUGAGCAGACAGACACCAUUUCAAUCUGUGGGAAUAUGAACCAGCAACAAAGAAUGGCUGCAGCAGGAACCGACAAGGAAUUAAGCGAUCUCCUAGAUUUCAGUAUGAUGUUUCCCUUGCCAGUGACUAAUGGAAAAAACAGACCCACAACUCUUGGUAGCACGCAGUUUGGUGGAUCAGGUUUGGAUGAGCGACCGACCUCAGGUUCUUGGGCAACAGGAGAUCAGAACAACUCCACGUUUGACCAAGUCAGGCAGGGUUAUGGCGAAGGUUCACACUACAGUGAACACAGGGACCUGCCAUCCCAUAACAGCAUAUCUUCGUCAUCAUUCCUGGGGUCUGGAAUAGUAGGAAAAGGUACAGAAAGAAGCAACUACCCAUUUGGAAGAGAUGCAGGCAUGCCAGCUAUCAAUCAGCCUGGCUUUCUGCCUAGCGAAAUAGGGAUUUCGAGUCCCAGCACGCUCUCCCCAACGGGAGUGAAGGGAAGCUCGCAGUACUACCCAUACGCCAACAACCCUCGCAGGAGAGUCGCAGACAGCAACAUAGAUGGACAACCGAAGAAAGUCCGAAAGGUGCCUCCAGGACUCCCGUCUUCAGUGUAUCCACCCAGCUCAGGUGAUGAAUACAGCAGGGACUCAGCCAACUACGCACCUUCCAAGCCUCCCAGCACUGUCUACCCUGGAGCCUUCUACAUGCCAGGUUCUUCGCAGUGGCCCCGAGCAAGUGGACAGGGUGCCUUAUCUCCAAGCUACGAAGGCACCCUCCAUACUUUGCAAAACAAAAUGGAAGACCACUUGGACGAAGCCAUCCAUGUGCUGAGGAGCCACGCAGUGGGCCAGACCAACCACAGGGACAUUCACGACUUAUUGGCAUCCGCUUCUGCGCACAGCACUUCUGUGGGCAGCCUUAGCCAGUCUUUCUCCCCGGCCUCUGUCUUGCCAAUUGCUAGUCGGCAUACGAACUUGGUCGGGGGAGGUCACCCCGAAGACAGCCUCUCUAACAAUCCUGGUCUUCUCCACAACCAUGUUGCUCUCCCUGCCCAGACCAGCUCGCUUCCUGACCUCAGCAGAGGACAGUCUUCAGAUGCCUUUAGCGGCUUGACUGGGGGCCUGGGAAGGGCCAGCGUCUCCUCCGGCACCAGCGAGAUUAAGCGGGAGGACAAGGAGGAUGACGAAAACACGUCAGUGGCUGACAAUUCGGAAGAGGAGAAAAAGGAACUGAAGCCAUCUCGAACCAGAACAAGUCAAGAUGAGGAUGAGGAGGACGACCUUCUUCCCCCAGAGCAAAAAGCCGAGCGCGAGAAAGAGAGGCGGGUGGCCAAUAACGCUCGGGAGCGCCUGAGGGUCCGCGACAUCAACGAGGCCUUUAAAGAGCUUGGGCGCAUGUGCCAGCUACACCUUAACAGCGAAAAACCACAGACCAAACUGCUAAUCCUACAUCAGGCCGUGUCGGUUAUUCUGAAUCUGGAACAACAAGUUAGAGAACGCAAUCUGAACCCUAAAGCAGCUUGCUUGAAACGUCGUGAAGAGGAGAAAGUGUCUGGCGUGGUGGGUGAUCCCCAGAUGGCACUUUCAGCAUCUCAUGCAGGAUUAGGAGAUGGGCACAACCCCGUGGGACAUAUGUAAAGGUGAUUUUUUUCCCCCUUGACCUGGAGGCAGAUGUCUGUAGGAAGAAGUGAGGACUGGAUCAUUUUCACACCCCUGCUGGGUGUCCACGCCAGAAACUGCAGUCUUGUUGAAAUACUGACAUGGCAAUGGAAAUUCAGUGUACUCAAAGGAACUUUUAUUUCCCUCCACCAGAAAGGAAAAGCAACAACUUUAUCCAAAAGAAAAAAGAAAAAAAAACCACAAAACACAAGAAACCCAACAGCAAAGAUUGCCUUAACUGUAUAUUCUGGAACUUCUUAAUGCAUAUCCUUCAGAGGGAGGUGGGGGGAGACAUUUAAGUGGCUUGUCUUCACAAAAGACCAGCAGAAGAAAUUGUGCCUAUGCGUUUUUUUCUUUUUUUUUUUCUUUUUUUUUUAAAAAAGAACAUUAGUUACAAUAAUUUUUUAAAUGUAGAACAAACAUAGUAAUGCCUUUUUUGUUUUUUAAAGCUUCUUUUGCAUCUCUGUUUUGUAAGCAACAACAAAAAAAUGUAAAAAGAGAGAGAGAAAGAGAGAGAGAGAUUUGAUGAUUCCCCAUGCCUUUUUCUGCUGCUGUUUCUAUAGUUAAUGUUGCAUAUUAUUUUUUAAAUAAGAUCAACCAGAAAUAUUAAAAGUUUGUAUUAAGAGACUGGAUGUUUUUUAAAAAGAAAAAAAAAAGAAAAACAAAAGAAGAGAUUGGUACAAGAGAGAUUUGCAUUUUGGCUCUGAGAAAGUCGGGUUAAUAAAAUCUUCCCUAAGGCUAGUAGCUUUUAUAAUUAAGAGAGAAAGAGGGGGGAGAAAAUACUGGUUAAUUCCUCAGUUUCUUUUUGUUGCUUGAAAUAUUGGAGGGUUGGAGGGGGAAUGAAUCCAUCAGCUGCCAGUCUUUGUGUCUUAUGUCUUUCACCCAAAUGAUGCAACCAGUUGCAAUUCUUGGAAGCUUUCUGUUUGGUCUGGCCCUCUCCUAUCUUCCCUGCCACUCAAAAGUAUUUCCAAUCCCUUCUAACACAAAAAAAGACAAAGAAUGACACAUGGCAUUUCUGAACAUUGGUUGGAAAACACGGCUUUGAGUUGGGUGGCAGCCUCUGUAUCAAGCGCAAAGAAUCAGGACCGUACGUUAAGUCGCAAUUCAGAAGGAUUCCUUGCUUGAGCCUAUACACAAGAAUCUCGUUGACUAAAGUUCAGAUCUGAACCGGCACCAGAUAAGGGGUCAACAGAAUUCAAGGGGGGCUGGACUUGGACUGUUUAUGGGAACUUAACAACUCUAAGCUGAUGAUGCGUUUAACUCUGCCCCCUCCAGCUCUGCCUGCACUUCUACAUUCUGGGAGCUUGCAGAAGUAUUCUUCAAAGGCACAUAGGAGAUGGAAAACCACUUGCCUCUUUCUUUUUUUUUUAAGCACUGGUGCAAAUUGACGUGGAACAAAAGGAAGCGAAAGAUCCUAACAGGUUGCAGUCAGAACAAAGAGCUCAUUAGGAGAAAAGGAACAAGACUCACCCAGCAAAAAAAUAAAACAAAUGGAAAUAUAUAUACAUAUAGCGCCAGAGAGAGAAAGAGAGAGAGUGGCGUGCAGAGUCCAAAUCGCUGUUGUGAAACAAAUGCACACACCAAAGAAGACACAUCUCCUACCCAGCUUGGCAAUGCUCCACAUGUCUAAGAACAUGCUGCCAUCACUGUUGCAUUUCUGCAGAAAAUGCUGGUGGGGGUGGCUCCCAACUUUUCCCCUGAUCCCCGUGUGUUCUCGUGGGAGAUCCUCCCGCUUUUUUUUUCAUGGACAGAAAAGGAGAAUAUUGAUGUCUCCCUGAUCCAGAGAAAUCCCUUCUAAGGUUGCUUCGCUCCUGGGGAGGAAGAAAAGUAGCCCGUGGCCAAGUGGCCAAAUAUCUUUGAAAACCUGCAGAAGAUUUUGCAUUCUUCUGUAGGACAGCCGACUGUAACUAAACAUUGUCUUGGGUUACUCGGUAAUUUGGAGCCAGCUGAAGGGCAUGUGGCAGUCUCAAAAUGUGACCUGCAACGUUCUCGCCGCAUGUCCCUUUUUAUGGUUGGAGAAAAGUUAUGUAGCAUUUGCUGGAUAGUUUGUGGUAACCCCGCAACCACUUCCCUUCUAAAUGCAGUAGUUCUCAAUCUCAACAACUCAAAGAUAGGUGGACUUCAACUCCCAGAACCCCCCAGCAACGCUGGCUGGGGGGUUCUGGGAGUUGAAGUCCACCUAUCUUUGAGUUGCUGAGGUUGAGGAGUAAUGCUCUAAUGCCGUUGAGAGAGGUUUUAUCGUAAAGGGGUCCGUGGGGAUGGGCUUUUCUACAAAAUGUCUGCCUUGACCUCUCUGCAAAGAAGGAGAAAAGAUCAGACACUUAUCUUUUGAUGACAAAGGACAUGCCAGCCAAGUCAAAUUGGCACAGUCUCUUCCAUUUUGUCACUUGCUUUGACUGAAUUGCAGUAUCCCUGUUUUUUUCUGAUUACAGGGGUGCAGCCCUUCUGUACAAAAGUGGACAUAGGAGGAAAGCUCUCAAGAACAUAGGAGGAAAAAAAAUGUGGCCUAGGUCCUCCAGAGAGCUCUGGCUUUCCCUCUCUUCCUUCUCUCUGUCCCAUGAGCAAAGGAUCGGGUUGUCGCUGGGUUCGCACAGCUUUUGCGUGGGGUGAGGGAGCAGAAUGGCAUGUGUGCAAUCCAAACCACGUUUCCUACCACCACCGUAGAGAUGUGAUCCUGCAAAGCAGAAAGUGGCCAGGUUCCUUCUAGUGCCAGAUCUCCCCAAAUCUCUUUCUAGUCCACCAGCAUGAAACCAGCUUCUCCUUCAAUUAUGCUUUUGUUUUGUUUGGAUUGCUUAAAAGUAUUUCUGUUGAAAGGGAAGCACCUUUCCAAGGUAUGUCUACACUACAAGCGCUAAGCUAGUUUCAGAUCAGUUUUAACUGUCUGGAGCAGUGUUGCUCCACCUUAGAAAUUUUUUUAAGACUGGUGGACUUCAACUCCCAGAAUUCCUCAGACAGCUGGCUGAGGGAUUCUGGGAGUUGAAGUCCACCCAUCUUAAAGUUGCCAAGGUUGAGAAACCCUGAGGAAUCCUUCAGGUUGAUAAUGAUGUUAAGAGCUGUUGGUUCAUGAAUGUCUGCGCAUUCCCAAUGGGACCCUCUUUAAGACUACAUUUUGCAGAUCUCCUGGGUUUGGGAGCUGCUGUAUCCAGAAACGGGUUUGAAACCAGUUUAGGUUUGUAAUAUAGAUGUGUCCCAAAGUCUCUUGGGAUAUUUAUUUUUCUGGGAAUGGGGUGGGUGGGGUGGGGCCGGGAUGUAGGUUUUAGGAGACAAAAAGGGACAAGCGGAAAAAAAAAUCAAGUUGUCAUGGGAAAAUGUAACAUGUUUUUUGUUAGCAAAAAUAGGGGUUCAAGCAAUGCAGAGAACAAAAUGUAACUUGAUUCCCAUUUAAGAUAUAUU